CAGAGUGCAGCGGGACGGGCGAGGGAAGGCAGGGGGGAAGGGACAGUCGGUCGCAGACCGCGCUGGGUUGCCGCCGCCGCUGCCGCCAUCGUGCCAGCCCCACGGUUACUGAUGAGGAGCCAGGACCACCGGUUCCUAACACAGGGAGAAGUGAAGCAGGCUAGCGGCCAGAUCUUCAAGGAUUGGCUGUGUGUCUACCAUUGGCCAUAGCUGCUCUCCAAGGUCUUGGUGAGGUGGGUGACUCUCCAGGAUGGGAGACAAGCCAAUUUGGGAGCAGAUUGGAUCCAGCUUUAUUCAGCACUACUACCAGUUAUUUGAUAACGACAGAACUCAACUAGGCGCAAUUUACAUUGAUGCAUCAUGCCUUACGUGGGAAGGACAGCAGUUCCAGGGGAAAGCUGCCAUUGUGGAGAAGUUGUCUAGCCUUCCGUUCCAGAAAAUCCAGCAUAGUAUCACGGCACAGGACCAUCAGCCUACACCAGAUAGCUGUAUCAUCAGCAUGGUUGUAGGCCAGCUCAAGGCCGAUGAAGAUCCCAUUAUGGGUUUCCACCAGAUGUUUCUAUUAAAGAACAUCAACGAUGCUUGGGUUUGCACCAAUGACAUGUUCAGGCUUGCCCUGCACAACUUCGGCUGACCUCGUCCUGGCCAGACACUCAUGCUGUUUCCUCCUCCCUCCUCUUCCCAAUACUAUCUCACUCCUCCAGAUGCUCCGAACAUCAUACACAAACGAGCAGGGCCGAGGUGGAAGUGGUGCAGUGCGCUUCUGUCACCGCGGUGUUGUGCAUGAUGUUUGGAUGCUAGACUAGUUGCAUCUGACAGGAGAAGUUUGUGUUGUACCAGCGCAUGCCUUGGAAAGACUUAAGUAAUGCAAAAGAUUGUCGGUUUUUGGUUUUGUUUUAUUUUGUUUUUUAAUCUACUGACAAGUUGCUCUAGUAACCCAAAGAAGUGAAGGAGAAAGCAGCUGCCUCACCGCCCAGAUAUUGAUUUGUUCAGAUGUUUCAAUGCCUCAUGAUACAAUAAACCACAAACGUUUUCUUAACA